AUGGUCAAUUUCGCGCCCUAUAUGCGCGUCCUACCACUCGCUCUUGCUUCCUUGCCUCUCUCGUGGGCUCUCAAAGGAGAUGCGGUCUGUGUGUCCUCAGUUUGUGUGACUGCAACGGUGGAAGGAGAUGAUGUGCAUUACGAGCUCACCCCAAUGGUCCCACAUACGGGAUGGGUGGCACUUGGAUUCGGCUUCCGAAUGGUCCCCACCCAUUCGGUCAUUAUGUGGAAGAACGGUGACGGCAGCACCACACUAUCCCAGCGGUAUACAGACUCAUAUCGUAUGCCCCAACCCGUUCAAGAUCCACCCCGCAAGGCAGUCACUUCUGAGCCCAAGAAAUAUGUUACGUACCCCUCCUACACAACAACCUUCGCAUUUCAUAUCCCAGCGAACAAGACGUUGCUGCAGAGCAGUGAUCCCCGAGAGCCUCUCGUGUUUGCGUACUCGGAGGCGGGUCCUGGCUCAAGCGAUCCCGACGCUCCCAUUCCUCGGCAUCAAAUCGCUGGACAUUUGACAUUCGACCUCACGAAAGAAUUCGUCGAUCCCACAAAGCCCAAGAAGCCAAAUACACCUGGAAAGAUCGAACCAGGAGUCAAUGCACCCUACAAGAGGGUGGAAAAAUUCAUAAUUCUCCAUGGUUUCCUCGUCUCUCUCGGAUUUCUGGUCUUACUCCCUGCCGGCUCCUUGAUUGGGCGCUGGGGAAGGGUGUUCACUCCCCUAUGGUUCAGGGCUCAUUGGAUCUCGAACAUGGUGUUGGCAAUGCCCGCCAUAACUCUAGGAGUCCUGCUCGGCCCAGUCAUCGUGUAUUCGAAAGAAUCAUUCAGGAUUCAUUUUGCCAAUGCUCAUGAGAUAUGUGGAAUGAUCCUGCUGUUCAUUUACUACGCUCAGGUCUUGCUUGGGCGUUACAUCCACAACAGGCGCAUGAGGGUUGCGAAGCUCGGGCCCAUCACUCAGCCACAUCCUCCAUUGAACAUCGUGCAUAUUUGUCUCGGGGUAUCAAUAAUUGGACUGUCGCUCUUCCAAGUUCGAAGUGGACUUGAGUGGUGGGAAACACUCACAAACCGUGGACCUAUCUCACCCUGGGCUUGGCCGCUAUGGACGGCAUGGACAGUGAUCCUGCCAGUUGCAUACUUCACCGGAUACAUUUUGUUGCCGCGCCAACUCCGGCAGGAGAGGGAAGCUGCGUAUGCUCCUAUUCCCGCAGCAACACUCGAAGCACGUUCACAAGCGUCCCACCUAUUGGCCGAGGAAGAAGAGGAGUUCGACCAAAAUACCACGAGGGUGGACCCAACGAAGUCAUCUAUGGAAGCACCACGGAAUGGGAAUGGUGCUUCAGUCUAA